AUGAGAAUUCAAGAAGCACUCGAAAGCACAAUGCAGAAAAAGCUACAUAUGAAAAAAGAAGAAGAGCGCAUUUUGCACAUAAGGGAAACCAAGGAAACAGUACCAAUGCACGUUUUUAAAAGAUUCGUGGUCCAGAAGCAUGAGGUGCUGUGGCAUCCAAUGAUAAAGAUAUCCGAAAGUGCAAACCAUUCGAAAUUUAUGACUGUUAUGGUGCCAACCGACGAAGUAAGCAUGCAGUUUGAUAUCUUUGGCAAAAAGGUAGAAAUGAAUCUUAACUACGAAACAACAGCGGGCGAUAUUCUGCAUGCGGUAUGGAGGAACAUGGGCAUUCUGCAAGGGUUUGGAGAAAAUGAGCUUCUUCUAAAGCUUGGAGCAAGCCAAGGCGAAAAAAUCCUUUCAGUGGAGGACAGGCCCUUGCUGGAGAUCAUACAGUGGAAGCUAAAUAAUUCACUGCUAAGCAUAAAGAACCAGACACUCAUACCAGAGAGUAAAAUAUUUAGAAACUGUGGGUUUGAAAUGCAGAUUAUUGUAAAUACAAAAGAGAAAAAAGACGACCAGGAUGCAGUGUACUCAGAGAAGGCGUAUCAUCUGAUGUAUGCAGCUGAAAUGCCCGCUGCAGGCCCACCAAGGGCAAAAUUUGAUGUUAUCAGACUAAUAGCAGACACCUCAGACGGCUCAUUCGCUAUGAUUCACACUGCAGAUGCUAUUUUCUUGGGGCUAACCAUCGUUGCGCUGCUGGUAAGAGACAAAAGAGCAGCAGCAGAUUUGCUGGAGAUACUAAGGAGCAGGGAGGAGUGGGUUUUGGCAGCUUUCUACAUCAUGUCUAUGGUGUAUAUUCUUCUGCCGCGUUGGGGUGUUGAGCUUUUGAAUAGCAAGGGGGCAGGCUAUGCAAUUUCGUUAGUGCGCGCGCCUGUGGAGGAGGUGGCUGCGCUCAUAGAAGACCAGAAGGCAGAGCCUCAAAAAGACAUAACGCUUAAUCUAUCGAAUAUGGGGCUGCAGGAAAUACCAGAUGUUGUGUUCACUAUAACCAACGUGGCGCAUCUAAAUAUAUCAAACAACGCGCUGAAAAGCCUUCCAGAGAAUCUGAAUCGUGUGGGGCUUAAGUCGAUCAACGCAUCAAACAACAACAUCCAGACAAUUCCAAGGCUUCUUCAAAUUCCGCAUCUUAAUCUGGAAAACAACCACAUAACGGAGUUUGAGAGUGUGUACAACUAUGUAGAGCUGAACUUGCUGGGGAACCCACUUGAGAAAUUUAAAGGGUAUGCGGAGAAACUGUACAUACGGACGGUCUUUUCAACUCGCAGAAUAUAUGGAGCACUCAGUCUUCUCAAGAAGGUUUCGAUUAUAGAUGUGGAAAUGAAGCGGUUUGUGGGGAAGUUCCCGUUUCUAGUGGAUCUGCAGCUGGUAAAUAACACGCUUGAGGAGUUAUCCAUCAGCGCGCCGAAUCUUAAAACUCUCCUGUGCGUUAAAAACUGUCUUCUGCAGUUUCCAUAUAUAGAGCAAAAGAGAAAUGGUGCGGAGUGCAACAAUCUUGUCUCGAUUUCUCUCCCAUACAACUCAAUCAAUCUGAUUCCAAACAGAGUGUGGACUCUUCCUAUAGAGUAUUUGAACGUUUCGCACAACCAGAUUGUGAGAAUUGACCCAGCGAUUAGACAGACCUCUCUGCUUCAUCUAAACAUUUCUGGGAACCAAAUAAAAGAAAUAGACAACAUCUCGCGGCUGGCAGGCCUUAUAUGCUUUGUGGCAAGCUUUAACAUGCUUGAGACCAUGCGCGGGCUGGAGUGCAUCCCAGGGCUCAAGCUUGCAGAUCUCUCGUACAAUAUGCUUAUGUCACUUCCUAGGCUUCCUACAAAAGAGGUCUCAGAUUCGAUUACCUGCUAUGCACUGGGAAACGUGCACAUGCCCUGCACAGAAGUUAAGCAAAAGAGGCUUGCGGAGCUGGGGAUAAAUAUAGUUCUAAGCGAGCCGGAGGAGAAUCUUAUAAACGUUCCGGGAAUUAUUGGGACCCACAAUAGAUGCCUGGAGUGCGGAUCAUACAUUCCAUAUGAGAAGCACAGAAAAGAAGAAGAAAAAAAGCAGGUCAGAGCAACAAGAAGAGGGCAGUACCUGAUUCGAGAGUUUGUGACAAAACCGCAUAGAACAGAGGAUGAAAGCAAGCCAGCAAGAAUUAAAAUCUUCGCAUACUUUUCAUCAAAAAACAAACAAAUCAAAGCUCUUGUUGAAAGAGCAGUCGCAGAGAUAAUGAUGCAUAUUCAGUCUGAAACAGGAAAUGAUCUCUACAAAGGAUUUUCAAAGCACAGAAAGAGGCUGCAGGAAAUGUGCAUAAACAUAAAACACAAAAUGUUUCCGCACAAGGUGGACAUUCUUACGUUUGUAGUAAUUGCAGACAAAUACAUAGGAACAAUUGGCAGCAAUGACAUCAAUCUGGUUCUCUUCCGCGAUGAAAUAGGCGUGUAUCUGUGUAAUACCGCGCAACUUAGCACGGUAGGAUUUGAGAAGCACAGCUCAGACGAAUGCAUUAUAGCAUUUCCCACUUCACUCCUGCAUAAAAUCUCUGUGACAGACCUUAUCAUUGCAUACAAAAGAACCCGAUCAAUUUCGGAAAUCAAGCGUUUUCUUUUUUCGCACGAGGUGAGAGAUGUUUCUGUGUUUAUUGUGCCAAUUAUUUCAAAGGUGGACCAUCCACUAAAAAACAGCCCGGAUGCAGCAGGGCUGAAGAUACUUGAAGAGCUGUCUGCGUAUAAUAUCGCGUCGCAGUUUAUCCGCGUGCCCAUAGUUAUAUUCACUGACAUUGUGAACAGCACAAAGCUAUGGUCAAAGGACUCAAUUCGCAUGAUGCAGAUGUCCAAGAUCCACAACACAACAGUGCGGACUCUGAUGCAGAGGCUUGGCGGAUAUGAGGUUAAAACUGAAGGAGACUCGUUUAUGAUGAUUUUCUAUGACGAGCAGUGCGCUAUGGAGUUUGGGUCGGAAAUUCACCGGAUACUGCUAGGAAAAAACUGGCCUGAAAUGGGAAUUGAGUACAACCCGCUGAUCUACUCGCGCGCAAAGGCUGUGUACCGCGGGCUGCAAAUAAGGGUGGGGAUAAGUAAGGGGGCAUGCAUUGUUGAAAAUGAUCCCAUAACAAAGCGCCUGGACUUCUAUGGGAAAUCUGUUAUUGAAGCGGCCCGCCUUUGCUCAAUGGCAAGCGGUGGAGAGACUCUAAUCACUCAUACCAUGUAUAAUAGAAUAAAAGACAUCAGAACAGAGCGGUAUGUCAUAGUUCCACGAGGAAGGGCUGUUUUAUCGGGGCUUGAGACAGAUACACAUCAUGUGUAUGAAGUGGUGCAUAAGUCGCUUGUGCCCAGGCUUCUUUUGAAGUCUCCCCGAGUCAUUCGGCGGUGUAGUUGGAUAGCCUCAUAG